AUGCACAAAGAGAUUUUUGUUGCACAACACGACUAUGCAUCUCUUAAUCAAAAGAUGGAUAGUAUUGUAGAUGUAGUCAUGAAAUUUGUCAAACUGUAUGAAGCUUUAAGUCCUAAAAUCACUCAACUAUCUUCUGAUGAUAGUAAAAGCUUCAUGGAGGUCACCACUUUGCUGAAUGAAUUGAAAACAUUAAUCUCGGAGCCAAGCUCAUCUCCUCUGAUCACAACAGAAUUUCUUUCUCAAAAGUUUCUGUUGUUUGAAUCAAUCCUUCACAAGCAGUUGGCACCCUUGUCCCAAAUUAUCAAUCUUUUACCUUCGAAUGCCCCUCCUGUUGUCACAGGGGUGCAAGGGGAAGAAAAGAAAUUUCACGUAACGAAAGUGGUUUCUACUCAAAUCCCAACACAAAUAGUUUCGAAAGUGUAUACAACAGAAGCUAUCAAGACAACAACAAGACCGUUCCUAAAUGGAAUUGCUAUUGGUCUUUCUAUUGAUGGAGGAAGUUCAAGUUCUUCAAAACCAAAUCCUUCAGAAGAUGAUGGAAAAGGGAAGGGGAUCUUGGUUGAAAAAUCUAAAGAAGAGAGGAAGCUCGAAAUUGAAACAAAAAUGGAUAAACAAAGGCAAAUUCAAAACAUACUAAGACUUCGUGAAAAUGAUCCAGCUGGUAUGGAGAAGAGAGAUCCAAAGAAGUUGUCUAGUUAUAAAAAUAUUAAAGCAAGAGUUGCUUUCAAUCAUUUGUAUGCAUUUGAGAAAAAGCCAAAGAAAAGCUAUUCUAUUACUAACACUGAUAUGAAUCAAGUUGAUUUUCCAAUAAAUAAAAUGAUGUUCAUCAUGGCUCAAUACAAGAUAAUCGAGAAUCUUGAUAAUGAAGAUGCUUAUAUUCAUAUGAAACUUAGAUUUGAUGUUGUUGUUGGGAAAGAACCAGAGGAAAUAUGA